AUGGACGAGGCAGUCGGGGAUCUGAAGCAGGCGCUUCCUUGCGUGGCGGAGUCACCCGUGAUCAACGUGGAGGUGCAUCUGCGCUGCAACAGCACUGCAAAAAAAGAAGAAAUAAAGCUGAGUGUUAUAAAGCUACUAAAUAGACAUAACAUCGUGUUUGGAGAUUACACAUGGACUGAGUUUGAUGAUGCUUUUCUGUCCAGAAAUGUGCAGUCCGUGUCUAUUGUUGAUACCGAGUUAAAAGUGAAAGAACGACAGCCAAUUGACUUGAGCAAAUGUGCUCUUGCCCUUCAUGUCUUCCAACUGAAUGAAGAAGGACCCAGCAGUGAAAAUUUGGAAGAAGAGUCAGAAAAUAUAAUUGCAGCAAAUCAUUGGGUGCUGCCUGCAGUUGAAUUUCAUGGUCUUUGGGAGAGCCUUGUGUAUGAUGUUGAAGUUAAGUCACACUUGCUUGACUACGUGACGACAACCUUAUUAUUUUCCGACAGAAACGUUGAUAGUAAUCUAAUAGCCUGGAACAGAGUUGUUUUGCUACAUGGACCUCCAGGAACUGGAAAAACAUCUUUAUGUAAAGCAUUGGCGCAGAAAUUGACAAUUAGACUUUCAUGCAGGUAUCAAUAUGGACAAUUAAUUGAGAUAAAUAGUCAUAGCCUUUUCUCUAAGUGGUUUUCAGAGAGUGGCAAACUAGUAACAAAGAUGUUCCAGAAGAUUCAAGAGUUAAUCGAUGAUAAAGAAGCCCUGGUGUUUGUGCUGAUUGAUGAGGUGGAAAGUCUCACUGCAGCCCGUAAUGCCUGUAGGGCAGGCACUGAACCAUCAGAUGCAAUCAGGGUUGUCAAUGCUGUUUUGACACAAAUUGAUCAGAUUAAAAGGCAUUCAAAUGUUGUUAUAUUAACAACUUCAAAUAUUACUGAGAAAAUUGACAUGGCCUUUGUAGACAGAGCUGAUAUAAAACAAUACAUAGGGCCUCCAUCUACUGCAGCUAUUUUCAAAAUUUAUCUUUCUUGUUUAGAAGAACUAAUGAAGUGUCAAAUAAUAUACCCACGGCAACAGCUAUUGACUCUUCGAGAACUAGAAAUGAUUGGUUAUGUUGAAAAUAAUGUAUCAAAGCUGAGUCUUCUCUUAAGUGAAAUUUCAAGGAAAAGUGAAGGACUUAGUGGUCGAGUCUUGAGGAAACUUCCUUUUCUAGCCCAUGCAUUAUAUAUACAAACACCGACUGUUUCAGUAGAAGGCUUCCUCCAGGCCCUUUCACUCAUAGUGGACAAACAAUUUGAAGAGAGAAAGAAGCUCUCAACUUGCAUUGGAUAAUCUGUUGUAUCUGACUCAAUUGCACAUGUAGUAAUUGAUUCAAUAUUCUUAAGCACAGCUGUUGCCCCUGUAAUUCCAUCUUUAAAGAAGAGUUAAACUGGGAGUCAGAAUUACCCUUGUUUCCUUAGUCUUUAUUAAAAGCAUUAGUCAGUGUGUGCUACACACAUCAUUGUCAAAUUCCUUUAGAAAUACAAAUGUCCUAUUGUGCUCACCGUUUUGAGGAAAAAUUUAGAAUGUAUAUACUGACAGUUUUGUUCAUAUCUACCCAAAGAAUCAUCU